AUGAACAUUACCCAGAGAACCAACUCAAUUGGGAUGGUGUCGUUGACCGACCUCAAACUGAGCGUUGUGACUAAGAAUUACCAGCACAUCCUGGCCUUGGAGUUUGCUGUAAAAGAGAUCAAUGAAAAUCCCCAGAUUUUGCCCAACAUCACCCUAGGAUUCCAUAUCUUUGACAGUUAUCUGGACGCCACGUGGACCUAUCAUGCCACACUGCAACUGAUUUCCAUGAGAAAUAGAUUUGUUCCCAACUACACUUGUGCUCUGCAAGACAGUUUAAUGGCAGUAAUUGGAGGACUUGCUUCUGAAACCUCUCAUCAGAUAGCAAAUAUUUUGGGCAUCUACAAGAUUCCACAGUGGGUGUGGGUUGGAUUAAUUGUUGAUAAUGAACAUGGAGACAAGAUGGCAGAGAUGAUGCUUCCAGUAUUUUCCCAGAAAGGCAUCUGUUUUGCCUUUGUUGAAAGAAACUACCGCUUAAGUUUUCAGGAUAACAUUGAGGAUACGUUUGAAUUACUAGUAGAAAUCCGCGAUAAACUCAUGAGUAGCUCAGUAAAUGUAGUUAUCUUCUUUGGAGAAGUUAAUUCCAUGAUAUAUUUGAGGUUACUGCUAUCUUUACCAGGAGCAAAAGAAAUGCCCAAAUACAAAGUAUGGAUUUUGACUGCCCAGAUGGAUUUUCAGUCAAUUACCUUCUACCAAGAUUGGGACAUACAGAUUAUGCAUGGUGCAUUGUCCUUUGCAGUUCACUCCAGUGAACUAAAAGGAUUCAAACAGUUUCUUCACGGCAGAAACCCUUUCAAUACAAAAGAAGAUGGCUUCAUUUGGGAUUUCUGGCAGCAGGCAUUCUACUGUACGCUCCCUAAUUCUGUUCUGGACAAGAAGGGAGAUACCUGCAAUGGAGAAGAAAGGCUGGAGAAGCUUCCAGGACCUUUGUUUGAAAUGAGCAUGACGGGCUACAGCUACAACAUCUACAAUGCUAUGUAUGCCGUGGCCCAUGCAGUACAAGUCAUGUAUUCAUCCAAAUGCCAUCAGGGAGUAAUGAUGGUGGGAGACAGAAGGAAGCAUUGCCAUCAACAGACAUGGGAGACUCAGCCACUUUCUGCAUGUAAUGACAAUUGCUAUCCUGGUCAGAGCAAGAAAAUGAAAGCAGGGAAGCCAUUUUGCUGCUAUGAUUGUAUUUCGUGUCCAGAAGGGCAAAUAUCUGACAAAAAAGACUUGACUCACUGUUUUGCAUGUUCAGAAGAUCAUUAUCCAAACAAAUAUAAAACUCUAUGCAUUCCCAAGGUUGCAACCUACUUAUCAUAUGAAGAACCUUUAGGGAUCAGUUUAGCUGCUGGUGUUCUUUUGUUUUCCUUAACUACAAUUCUGGUGCUCAGAACAUUCAUGAAGCACCACAACACUCCCAUAGUCAAAGCCAACAACCGGAACCUCAGUUACACUCUUCUUGGAUCUCUCUUGCUCUGCUUUCUUUGUGCUUUGCUAUUCAUUGGCAGGCCAAAAAAGGUGAUGUGUCUCCUCCGCCAAAUGGUUUUCAGCAUCACCUUCUCAGUGGCUGUUUCUUCUGUGUUAGCAAAAACCACUGUUGUCGUUCUGGCUUUCAUGGCCACCAAACCAGGAAUCAAGGUGAGGAAAUGGGUAAAGAAAAGACUGGCAACUUCCAUUGUCCUUUUCUGCUCUCUUAUUCAAGCAGGCAUUUGUACUGUGUGGCUGGCAACCUCUCCCCCAUUCCCAGAUGUUGACACACUCUCAAUUAAAGAUGAAAUCAUACUGGAAUGCAAUGAGGCUUCUCCCGUCAUGUUCUAUUGUGUCUUGGGCUAUAUGGGUUUCCUUGCCGUUGCCAGCUUCAGCUUGGCUUUCCAUUCCAGGAAGCUUCCAGACAAUUUCAAUGAAACAAAGUUUAUCACUUUCAGCAUGCUGGUCUUUUGCAGUGUUUGGUUAUCCUUCAUUCCAGCCUACCUGAGCACAAAGGGGAAAUAUAUGGUGGCUGUGGAGGUCUUCUCUAUCUUGGCUUCCAGUGCAGGGCUGCUGCUUUGCAUCUUUUCUCCCAAAUGUUACAUUAUUGUGUUGAAGCCUCAGCUGAACAACAGGAAGCAGCUUAUGAAGAGGAACCAUUGA